AAAAGUCAUAAGUGAAAAUCCCAUUUGGAAAAGACAGAGAGGGUUAGGUAGCUAGGUGAGAGAAACAUCAUCGGAAAAAAUGGUUCUGCUAGAUAAACUGUGGGACGACGUCGUUGCCGGACCUUCACCCGAUCGUGGGCUUGGCAUGCUCAGAAAGAUCACCACCACCAAGCCAUCGCCCUUGAUGAUCAUCAAAGAGGGCGAAGGGGAAACGAGUAAUAAGGUGUACCAGAGAUCACUGUCGAUGCCGGUGAGUCCAGUCACACCGGUCACACCGACGACUCCUCUUUCGGCGACGGUGGCGCGUAACAGAGACAACGUGUGGAGGAGCGUGUUCCACCCAGGCAGCAACCUUGCUACCAAGGGCUUAGGCGGCACCCUCUUCGACCAGCCCGAGCCCAACUCUCCCACUGUCUACGACUGGCUGUACAGUAGUGAGACGAGGAGCAAGCAUCAGUAAGGUGACAAAAGGCCUCAUCAUCAUCAUCAUCAUAUCAUGUAAAUAGUGUCUUUUUCGCUUCAGAAUCCGCCACGUGUUCGUCUGAUUUAAAUGGUUUUGUGCUUACGUUUCGUUUAACUUCACCUACCAUCACUUAUAUAAAUAUAUAUAUAUAUAUUUAUCAAUGCUAAUGCUAUGUAAUAGCUUGGGAUUUUAAUUAUAAGUAAUUAUAUGUAGUGUUGAGUGAAAUAUCAAUUUCUAGCACGGUGGCGAUGGCCUUUUCUUUUAUGAAAAUAUAUUUUAAUAAAUGAAUGAAAAAUGCUUUAUUUAAA